UGACUAAUUUUAAAAUAACCCAAAUGAUAAUUGAUAAACACAUAAAAUAAUCUCGUGUUAUUUUUUUACAUCAAUUUUAUUAUUAUCAUUAUAUAUUUAUUUUUAAGAAUGUGUCUGUGUGUAUAUAAUUUGUUGGACAUUGGGGAAAUGGAAAUGUGAAUUGACGUUGAACCGUUCUCCUGGUUGAGUCAGCAUCUGGGUGUUGUGUGUUGGGUCAAAAAAUAAUUAAAAAAAUUAAAUCAGUUUCGCGAUAGCCGUUGUGUCAUAAGUUUACGUUGAAAAAGUAAAAUAAUUUCAAGUACAUUACUAGUGGCUUAAAUAUAAAUUCCCAAAAUAAAUAAUAUUAUAUAUAAAUAACUAUUAAUUAAAUUAAAUUAUCAUUUAUAUAUUUAUUUUUAUUUUUAUUUGGAACACAGGAAAGGUGACUAAGAGUUGAGACAAAAAAUAAAAAAAUAAAAAUUCUAAAGAAAUCUGAGUCAAACAAAAAAUAAAUAAAAAAAAAGAAGAUUUUAAAAAAAGCACCAUUAAAACAAAAGGAUUUAAUAAAAUAAUAAAAAAAAAAAUAGUUAAAAUAAUGGCGUCGUCAAAGAGAAAGCUGGAUGAGAAACAACAUCUUAAAAUAUUACGCGAAUUGGUCUCAUUACCGGGAAAUAAAGAGUGCUUUGAUUGUCGACAACGUGGACCAACUUAUGUCAAUGUAACAAUUGGCUCAUUUGUCUGUACAACAUGUUCUGGUAUGCUACGUGGUAUAACACCACCACAUCGUGUAAAAUCAAUAUCAAUGGCAACAUUUACACCAGAAGAAAUUGAUUUUAUUAAAAACCAUGGUAAUGAUUAUUGUCGUAAAGUAUGGCUUGGUUUGAUGAAUACAAAUCAACAAAAUCAACAUAUUGAUAAAAAAGAUGAACAAAAAAUGAAAGAUCUUAUGAUUGCAAAAUAUGAAACAAAAAAUUAUUAUCUUGAACCAUCAUUAGAAAAUAAUAACAACAACAACAACAACAAUAAUAAUAAUAAUGAUAAUACAAUUGAUAAUAAUAAUCAAAAAAUACAAGUCAAUAAAAAUUUAAAAAAUAUUAAUAAUAAUAAUAUUCAGAUAAGUGUACCAAGAGUACCACAAAUUGGUGUAAUGCCAAUAUCAAUAGCACCUCCUCGUAUUAAUAAUAAGAAUAAUAAUAAUAAUCAUAAUAAUAAUAUUGUUAAUAAUAAUAAUAUAAAAAAUGUAGUUGAUGCAUUUACAACAGAUUUUGUUGCUGACUUUAGUAAAGUACCUGAUCCAUUUAUUCCUGAAACAAUGUCAUAUGCAUCAAAAAUUGAAGAACAACCUUCAUUUGCUAAUUUUGAUAAUAAUCCAGUAUUUAAUUCAAACAAUAACGAAAUGUCAUCGUCAUUUAAUCAAAUUGGGAAAACCCACAUGUCCAAUUUAAAUGGAAUUAAUGUUCCACCGUCAGAGGAUCGAUAUGCUGCCUUGAAAGAUUUGGAUUCAAUGAUGAAAAAAAAUCAAUUUAAAGAUGAUGUAUCAAUAGCUACACGACCAUUACCAUUACCAUCAUCAUCGUCAUCAUCAUCAUCAUUAUCAUCUGCCUGGAUCAACAACAAUUCCAAUCAAUUAAAUAAUAUCUGGACGACAAAUGAACAAACAUCAAAUGUUCUUUCAAAUCCAUUUGUUGGUAAUAAUAAUGAUUUAUGGGGUACAUCAUUGCAUACCAUGAACAAUAAUAAUAAUAAUAAUAUGCAACAAGUUGACAAUGGAAUAUGUAAUACAGCAAAUCCAUUUAGACAAACGCAAUUUUCAGAUAACAAUGAAUCUCAUCAAUGGAUAGGCUUUGGAACACAAAAUACUACGGAUGUACUUCCAUCUAGUCAAAUGAUGACUUCACUCCCCGGAAAAAUAUGGCAUCCGAAUGUUUCGUCUUAUCAAGCAAACCCCUUUAUGGUCGGUACAGGUGUUGGUAAUCCAGCAAGAAGUUCAAAUAAUCCAUUUUUAUGAUCAAAAUAAUAAAAUUUAUAUUUUA